UGGCUGCCCCUUGGGCUCCGCCCCCUCGAGCUCCGCCCCUUGGGCUCAGAACUUGCACCGGGUACCGGCGGCCGCCGAGGGAGCGUGACUGCUGGGCGCAGGGCUUAGGACGCAUUGUCGCCGCUCAGACCCCUUUGUGAGCAGCAGACCAGCCUGGAGGCUGGGAGCCGGACACCCACGUCUGCAUGCUGAGGAAGAUGGGUGAGGCCGUGGCCAGAGUCGCGAGGAAGGUCAACGAGACGGUAGAAAGCAGCUCAGACACCCUGGACUUGGCCGACUGCAAGCUUGUUUCUUUCCCCAUCUGCAUCUACAAGGUCCUGAGGAACGUCUCCGACCAGAUCCACCUCAUCACACUGGCUAACAAUGAACUCAAGUCCCUCACCAGCAAGUUCAUGACCACCUUCAGUCAGCUUCGAGAACUCCGCUUGGAAGGGAACUACCUCCAUCGCCUCCCCAACGAGGUCAGCGGCCUGCAGCACCUCAAGGCCAUCGACCUGUCCCGGAACCAGUUCCAAGACUUCCCGGAGCAGCUGACCACCCUGCCUGAACUGGAGACCAUCAACCUGGAGGAGAAUGAGAUCGUGGAUGUGCCCGUGGAGAAGCUGGCCACCAUGCCAGCUCUGCGCGUCAUCAACCUGCGCCUCAACCCACUGAGCGCCGAGGUGCGCGUCAUUGCCCCCCCACUCAUCAAGUUUGACAUGCUCGUGUCUCCCGAGGAUGCACGGGCCCCUCCGCCUUAGGACACCCUCCUUGUGCUCACCCGACAAGGGACAAAGGCUACUGGCCUGCCAUCCUGAGAGGAGGGAAGCCUGCGGGAAGGCCAGGCAUGGGGAGCGGGAGGCGGGUGGGACGCAGCUAAGCCAAGGUAGGUAGCUUAGCACUGUAGUGAGCCCUGGCGAGAGCCCCGGAGGGAGAAAGAAGCCUAGGUGAGGCUAGAGCCUGGGCUCAGGCUGCUCACAGCUGCCCUGCUGACUUAGGUAGGCUUCUCUCUCCAAGCUUUGUUCCUCGGAAGGAGGAAGAGGAGUGGAGAGUCUUUCCUGCCUGGGUUCUGCCUCCACAUCGUCAGACACCUUCCAAGGAUGAGCCUCUCAUGGGCGCUUUAUGGACCUUAUGAUCUGAAGAAGCCUUGUUUCUAGUGUGAGAGCCAAUCACCAUCCUGAGACGAGACCACCUCCGACUAUUUGUCACCUUCUGAGGACCGAACGCAGUCCUUCUUCUGAAAGACACCCUUCAUGGUGCCAUGUCUUGGCCAUCAGAGUACCCGGACUGGUUGGAGCCUGAACUAGGAGUCCGGAUGCCCAGACCCUGUGGCUGGGUCCUGUGGCAGGAGAGUAUGAUGAGGAACCCAUAGACAUCUGGCCGGGCUACAGAAGGGCAGCUCCAACGAGCUCCUCCUUCCUUGUACAAGACAAGGGGAGGAAGUUCUAUGCGUGCUGCUCUGUGCCUCCCUGAUAAUGGGCUGAUGUGGCCAGACAUCGUCCCCAGGGCCACAGGAGAGGUGGCCCAGAGAAGACAAAGCCAUCUGCGCCCGUGACUCUGACCUGAGGUCCUUAGGUGACCUCCUUUACCGUGGCCUCCCUCUGGCAGCAACCUGGUUGCCUUGCCCUGGUCCAGGACCACCAUCCUCAAGGCUAUCACCAUAAUCACCAAUAACCUGACAUCUCAAGGACCUUUGCCUGUGGCCUAGGGGGUAGCCAGAGAGUAGGGUGUCCAGCUAUCCCAGUAUACUCAGAACUGUGGAGUUUCCCAGGAGCUGGCUGGGCCCUUGCUCCCCGGUAAGGCCUAUACUUGGGGACAUCCCUGAAUCCCUCAGUCUCCAUGUGUCUACCUUCUCACCUGAGCAAGCAGGCCUAUCAGCUGCCCUGGCCCUGGCUGGCCUAUACCUUUGUGUAGGUCUGUGAAAGCCACGGAAGUCCAGGACACAGGCAGGGCUGGGCCACUUUGUCUCUAGGGUUUGGCAGCUUGGAACUGACACCACUGUUGAGAACAGAAACCCAUCACAGAAUUGUCCGAGUCCCUGCCUGCCCUCUCCCGGUGCUCCUGGCUCUGGGUAAGGAUGCCACGGGGGCAUUGCUGGUACCACUGAGGACUGUGUAUCCCAAGAGAAACCUGCCCAUAUUCUGCUCUCAUCCCAAGGCUAGUCAGCCAGAUGAGGAGGUGGACACGGGGACCCAAUAAGGGCUGGGUGCAGUCCAGACUGGACUGGCUUCUCCCACCCUGUGUCCCUGAGUUGGGGAUUUCACCUUACUGAAGAAGAAGCGGGGCUUCUCUGGGAGGUAAGAGGCAUCCCAUGGUUGGGCCAGCCUGGCAACUCCAAGUGUAGACAGGCUAACCCUGGUGUGCUGGAAACGGAGCCUCCGGUGGUGUGCGCCUGUCAUUGGAGCGCCUGGGAGGCUGAGACUGGGAGUGUAGGUGUGAGGCCAGUCUGUACCACAUAGUGAGAGUCUAUCCCAAUGCAACCACAGACCAAGUAAGAGAGAUGAAAGAGUGUCGGGCAUGGUGGUGCCCGCUUUCAAUCCCAGUUCUCAGAAAGUAGAAGCAGAAGAGUCAGGAGUUCCAGACCAGCCUCGGCCUAGAAUAAAGAGACCCUGGGCUCUGUGAGACCCUGUCUCUGUAAAAUAAAAGGGAAACUAAAUGCAGGCUCUCAGGCCUCACACCGGCUCUCUGAGUCAGAGCUAUGUCUUAACAAGCACCCAUAGCCAGUACUUCAGAAGUGUCACAGUGUGAGAAUCCGUUGAGGGCCUGGGUGACCUGGGCAUGUUCUCAUGGUGCAGAGUGAAGGUCUCCACCACCCCCCCACACACACACACACUCCCAUGGAUCUGAGUAUAUGCUCAGACUCCCACUAACUCAGCCCUGGGAGACCCUUGCAUCUUAGAUCACUAGGCGAUGGUGAUGGUUAGGGGUGUCCUGUCUUCCCACCCCACCUCUCUGGUUCAUCCCUGCAUGCCAGUGCUCCUGGACAUUGUUCUCUGCGCUGCCCAGACAUUAUGGUCUGGCCUUUCUGGGCAAGCUUGGUCAGAAACCUCCAAAUCCAGGCUCACAGUGUGCAGAAACCCUUCACUUCAGUCUACAAUAAAGGAUGGAUGUGUUAGUCUCA